CACGUCAUUCCCGGCUCCGGAGCCCGGUAGCCGCUCGGCACAGCCUUUCCCACCGCGGAUCCCCGGUGCUCAUGGGGCAGGGGGACACCAGCUUGCAGCACUGAGCCAAACCGGACCAGUCCGUGAUGUCCGGCACCAAAGUGGAGGACUCCCUGCCUCGUCGCAACUGGUCAUCUGCUUCCGAGCUGAAUGAAACUCAAGAGCCGUUUUUAAACCCCACCGACUAUGACGACGAGGAAUUCCUGCGGUACCUGUGGAGGGAAUACCUCCACCCGAAGGAAUACGAGUGGGUCCUGAUCGCCGGCUACAUCAUCGUGUUCGUCGUGGCUCUCAUCGGGAACGUCCUGGUCUGCUUGGCCGUGUGGAAGAACCAUCACAUGAGGACAGUAACCAACUACUUUAUAGUUAACCUGUCCCUGGCUGACGUACUUGUAACGAUCACCUGCCUCCCAGCUACCCUGGUUGUGGACAUCACUGAGACCUGGUUCUUUGGACAGUCCCUCUGUAAGGUCAUUCCUUAUUUACAGACUGUGUCAGUAUCUGUGUCCGUCCUCACACUGAGCUGCAUUGCCUUGGACCGAUGGUAUGCGAUCUGUCACCCUUUGAUGUUCAAGAGCACAGCCAAACGGGCCCGAAACAGCAUCAUCAUCAUCUGGAUUGUCUCCUGCAUCAUUAUGAUUCCUCAGGCCAUCGUCAUGGAAUGCAGCAGUAUGCUGCCAGGCUUAGCCAAUAAAACCACCCUCUUUACAGUUUGUGAUGAGCACUGGGGCGGUGAGAUUUACCCAAAGAUGUACCACAUCUGCUUCUUCCUGGUGACAUACAUGGCACCUCUGUGUCUCAUGGUGUUGGCUUAUCUGCAAAUAUUUCGUAAACUCUGGUGCCGACAGAUCCCAGGCACUUCUUCUGUGGUUCAGAGAAAAUGGAAGCAGCCGCAGCCUGUUUCCCAGUCUCGAGGAUCAGGACAGCAGAGCAAGGUCCGGAUUAGUGCAGUGGCCGCUGAAAUAAAGCAGACUCGAGCCCGAAGGAAGACAGCCAGGAUGCUCAUGGUGGUGCUUUUGGUCUUUGCAAUUUGCUAUCUACCAAUCAGCAUCCUCAAUGUACUCAAGAGAGUAUUUGGGAUGUUUGCCCACACAGAAGACAGAGAGGCUGUAUAUGCUUGGUUCACAUUUUCCCAUUGGCUUGUAUAUGCUAACAGUGCUGCAAACCCAAUCAUUUAUAAUUUUCUUAGUGGAAAAUUUCGGGAAGAAUUUAAAGCUGCCUUUUCUUGUUGUUGUCUUGGAGUUCAGAACCGGCAAGGAGACCAGCUGGCCAGGGGAAGGACCAGCACAGAGAGUAGGAAAUCCCUGACCACGCAGAUCAGCAAUUUUGAUAACAUAUCAAAGCUUUCUGAGCAAGUCGUGCUCACCAGCAUAAGCACACUCCCAGCAGCCAAUGGGGCAGGACCACUUCAAAACUGGUAUCUACAACAGGGAGCACCAUCUUCACUACUGUCAACUUGGCUGGAGGUCUGAGAGAAGAGGCUGAGUGUCCAUUGGAAUCUCACCCAUGUCAUCUCAAAGAGAUAAUGGUUUAUAAAGUAAUUGCCACUGUGUUCUAAGUACUAUGUGAAAGACAGAUUUUAAGGCACUUGAGUGCUUUAUAAGUGACUAGAUAACUUGAGUUUUAAUU